AUGAGUCUUGUAUUAAAACACCAUGAAUCGUUUUAUGACACAUUACUUGGAUAUUUUACAGCGUCAAGUGAAAUUUUAAACAUUUUUAAAUUUAUUACCGCUGCUGGAUUUGUUGUAGUUCUUUCUUAUAUAUUUCAUUAUAUUCAUGAUUAUCGUUAUAAAAGAAUCGCAAAUGAGCCGAAAUGUAACUUGUUAGAAUUACAAAAAUUUGAGAAUUAUAAUCGUUUAAUUGCCAGACAUCAUAGUAUUAUUAGUCAUAAAGAAAUGAUAAAAGCUUUGGAAUAUGCAACUGAUAGAUGUUAUGAAAAAUUUUAUGCAUUAAAAUGCAUAGAUAUAAUAGUAAAUUGUCCUCAAUUGGUAAAUGUAAAAUCUCUACCUUAUGGUUUAACACCUUUUCAUCGUGUUUGUUUUCAAGGUCAUAAGUGUUUAAUUGUUUUUAUGUUAGCAAAGGGUGCUGAUCCUUUUCUUACUACAUUAAUAGGAGAAAAUGCUUUAUGUAUGGCAAUUUAUUAUUUUCUCAAUAAUCCAAUGGAUACUGAUUUUUCUUGUCUUGAGAUGCUUUCAGAAACUGGAUGUGGAUUUGGUUUUAAAGAUAAGUACUACAAUAAUUUGUUAGAAAUAGCAUUUAAUAAGAACCACAUAAAACUAGUACAAUGGUUAAUUUUACAUUAUAAAGUCUCUUCACACAAAUCCUUGCGUUGCCUUUCUACACCGCCAAUAUGAAAGAAUUAUAAAUUUAAUUAACAUAUAUAUGUAUAUUUUCAUUAGUACUAUAAGUAAAAU